CGAGACUCACAGUCAAACACAGAAUGAACUCUUCGCGGUCCAAUUGAUUUAAUCGGACGAACCAAAAUUGAUUCAUCGGUUUAGACCCGGUUAAAGAUUUAGGUUAAUCAAUCUCUCAUCAUUUUUCUCGUCUUAAACCAGGAGAGAGUUAGUUGAUCUCGACCGAUCCGGAAGAAUCAGCGCCACUCUCAUCCUCCUCCUGGCUUUGCUCUCGGAACCUUUUGGGAGGGAUGAUGAGCAGCGAAGUUGCUAGAGUUUACCGAGACAUUCUUAAAGCAGUGGUGAAACAUGUUGGGAAAGAAGACCACAAGUCUCAUUUCACCGACUUUGUCAAGCGCGAGUUUCGCAACAACUCAAACUCACUCCACCUUGCCCGCAACUACACUUAUCUUCUUAAUAGCAUUCACUCUCACAAGGAGCUGUUGUUCUCAUACAACAUUGCAGUUGAUAGAACUGAAGAAAUGAAACGGGUGCUUGGCAAAUCUGCAGCUAGUGUGGGGCUUCGUCUUCCCGAGGUUUACCAGCCUUAGAUCAUUACACAUUCCUCCUUUUCUUUCCGGGGAUUUAAGCCAGCCACUCUGGUUUCUUCUUCUUUUUCUUGGAAUAAGUGUGAUCCUCUUUGUAGCCAGACGACAGCUCUUGCAUUCAAAGAUCUGAGAUGCAUUCAUUUCAAUUUCUCCUUGUGUGUUCUUUACCACUUUACGUUUUGGGACAAAAUAAUAUGGUUACCAAGAACAUAUUUUCAGGUUCUUGAUAUAUAUACAAUAUAUGUUGUAUCAAACCACCAAAAUGAAAGAAGUGAUGAUAUAAUAAUAUGAUCAAAUCACGAACU